UGAAUAUGAGAGGAAAUCGGAGAGGGCAGCAACAGUGGUGAGUCAGGAAAACAAAAAGCACUUUAUGGUUCAUUAGUGAAAGAUUUAUGCAAUCAAAGUCUCAUGUGAAUGGCUCGCUAAAAUAGACCCCCUGUCCACCUGACAAUUGCCACAUCACAAUGCACAAUCCCUUUUUGAUUUGCCCUCAACCCGUGACCCACUUACUUCAUGAAUCACAUGAAGUGGCACUACACAAGGGCACAACUCACACGUCCCUCACAGAUAUCAGGUCCCCUGAGUAUGUUUGCUUUUUUGUGUCAUGGGGUCUAACUGGCAGAAGCUAACAUCAAAGUCAAUUUUAAAAAAGAUUGCAGUUUAUUAAGAUAAAUUUGAAGUUUAAAGUCCUUUAAAAAAAUAGUAAUUUUAUCGUCUAUGUCUGGGAGUCUACAGCCACAACUUAUCAAGCGAGACUGUACUUUGGUUGUUGAAAUAUUUUAGCCACAAAAAAGAGGAUGCAGCAUAAAUAUUAGAAAAAUCAUUAUAGAACAGACAGAUACAUGCACACGCAGCCAGUAGCUGGACUCUUCAUAGGAGGAGUCACAAUUAAUGACAAAUAUAAAGAAAAAUGUGACAAAUAUUCUUAUAUCUGAUUAUUGUAGCCACAUCAUACUGUAUUAUAAUGUUUCAUUAACGAUUCAUGAGUUGUUUAUAUACUUUCAAAUGCUAAAUUAGGUAUUGAAUUAAGUUUUGACCAUACAGUCUAUGGUAUUGAAAUAAAUCUAGUUGGCAAAAUUCUGAGCACAGCUCUUCACCAACUGAUGAAAGUUGUUCUGAGUAUUGCCGUGACACCACUCUUACACAGAGGAGAGAUCAAAUACAACCUCUACAUUCUAUUCUGGUCAGAUUUUAGUGGCACAUGACUGUCCUUCCCUCCGUCUGUCUGCCUGUCUGUCUUUGUGUUAUGUAAACUGAUACAGCUGAGCUCAAUGUCCAGUAGGAGACACAGUAACACUGAGACAAAGCGACAGGAAUUAACACACAGCCACAGCUGCAUUUUUGUCCUAUAGAAUAUAAUCCCUGGUAACAAAACAAUGAAUAGCUGAAGGUUUAGCUGUCAAAAUCCCAGGCUGUCUAUUGAUCCCUGAACUCAGAUGUUGUUUUAUCUGUAUAUAUAGGUGAUGUUGCUUGAGGUCAGUCUGGAUGUUGGUUUAGGAGGUGUCCUCCCAGCCUACAGAGGUUUGAGAUGUUGAUUUUACAAUUGCAACAUCUCUGUUUCAAAUCUGUCUGAGGGCCUACAUGUCUCUCCUUAUUUCCUGUCAAAUUUCUUCAGUUUGUCUAAUAGAGUCAAAAAUAUCCAAAUGCCAAAAAUAAUUAUAAAUAAUGAUAAUAAUGAUAAAAAAUUAAAUGAAUAGUGAUUAAACAGAAUAUUUAUUACUUGCAAAUGUGGUCACUGCUGCCACCUAGUGACUCUUUGAUGUUCUGACCUAUUGGUUUGUAGUUGGCAUCAAUCUACGCUUUGCAUACACACUGCAACAUGAAUAAAAUUACUUUUAUUUGUCACAGACUUUUAAGGUAAAUUCUACGUUAAGAAAGAAAUAUUUGCAGCCCUGCAGUGCUCUCAGUGACAAUCCACAUUUGAUAAGGACAUCCUUCCUGUGUGUUCAGAUGUCAGCUCCUGAUAAUGAUACUAAUCACACAGAUCACACUGAGCCUUCUCAGUGUUUGUUCAAACUCUUGAACCAUUUUUCAAAUACAGUUGAUUAUUAUUACUUUGUGUCAUUUACUCUGUUCUUUUUUUUAAGCUUCUACCCCUGUAUUGUGGCGCUACACCAACAACACGAGAAUGACCCAUGUUCCUUUUCUCUGUUUAUGUUUGAGUGCUGGACUCACACUGUCCUCUUCUCUUUGGAUUCUGAACAAACGUCUGGACUGCAGUCAGCCGGGUCUUGACCACUGCAAGAUCAAUAACUGUUCAGACAAACCCAUGGCUAUACAACGUGCUCCCAGUGACCCAGACUGGGGUCCUGUGCAUGUGGGUGUCGGGAUGGACAAACAUGAGGCUGUCCCUGUUAUGAAUGUGACAUGGAACCUAAAGUCAGAUGCAGGUGUGUUUAGUCUUCGUGGAUCAGAAAUAAAUAUUCUGGAUCAAAGUACAAAUCAAACUAUGUGUGUGCAGUUUUCUUACAAGAUCUACAAACAGCUGAAUCCAAACAGUAACAGGUGGACAUUUUCCUUGGAUGGAGUUGUGGUAGAGCCUGAGCAUACGUAUGUGGUGUCACUUGUUAAUUUGCCAGAACCUAAAACCAGAGAAAACAAGAUCAGAGCGAAAAUUGUUACUGUCCCAGGAUGUAACAACAGCAUAAUCCAAACAGCCCGAAUAUGUCUUGAAAAUGGAAGUCUGUGGAGGCCUCACGUGAUCGCUGAUAUGUCUGUUGAUAAGGGACAUAAAAAGUUGAUCAUUGUUGUGGGUUUUGAGGCAGCACAGUAUUCAGAGAGGUACCAAGUCUCCAUCCAGAGCCAGGCUCUCCAUGAUUCAAAAAAUGUUUCAAAGGAAAACAGAACAUUGCUGAAUGUGACGUUUGAGUUUGGUUUGUCGCAACUCUCACAAUGUAAAAUGUUGUUAACGAUUCAGCCAUUUUUUACACGAUGUAGAAAUGACUGUUGGCGCCCCAUGAAAGUAAUUGAUUACUGCCCUUAUUAUCCACCACGGACGUUAAUUAUAAAGGCAGUUGUGGGGCUGCUUGUCAUUGAUGUUUGUCUUUUUUAUUUACUGUGGAGAGCAUUUCAUAAAGAUUCUGUGAGCACACCCUCAUCUAUUGCCAAAGACCAACCAGAGGGUUUUCAAGUGCAAGAGAGGAAACGAGUCCUCAUCAUCUACUCCCUCGACCACCCGUUAUACAAAAACAUUGUUCUCAAGCUUUGUGGCUUCCUGGCGACCAAGUGUGGUACUGAAGUGGUCCUGGAUCUGCUGGACUCUGCCAGACUGGGAGUGUUGGGAGGCAUUCAGUGGCUGGACUUGCACAGAGAGCAAAUAGAAAGCUCUUCAAAUAAGAUACUAAUCCUGUGCUCACCAGGAGUACAAGCUAAAUGGAGAGCCAUGUGCGGCGACAGACCGGUUUUUCUUAGAGAAGAUGUCCGCUCACCUGUAGGCGACAUGCUCACUCCAGCUCUCAGCCUCAUGGUACCCCAUUUUAUCCGAUCUCCGUCUUUUGAAAAAUACAUAGUGGCUUAUUUUGAUGAUGUUUGUUCAGAAGAGGAUGUUCCUUCACCUUUCAACAUUACAGUUCGAUACAAGCUGAUGAAACAGUUUGAGGAGCUCUUUUUCAGAAUCCUGGACGCAGAAAAACAUGAACCAGGCAGAGUGAAUCACAUCGAGGGGCUUUCAGAGGAUGAGUAUCAUCAGUGCCCCUCAGGUAGAGCCCUGCAGGAUGCUAUUGAUGCUUUCCAUGCAUACCAGCUGGAGCAUCCACAGUGGUUUGAAAAUGAGCUACUGGAGAGCUCAGAGUUGGAAGUUGAGGAGACCUUAGCUGAAAUCUGUGACAAUGUGACCUCACAAAACCUCAUCAUACAUUACGUAAAUGAAUCCACCCAAGUCAAGACACAAGCAAGUGAUUUCACUGCGGACAAAACAGGAUCCUACACGGCUGAACAGCUCCAAAUGUGCCCCUCAGUUGAAUCCAGCCAUCUUAUUGUUGAGGACGUGCAGACACUUUGAUUAGAUUGCCCUAUGGCUUGAGAUGCUCAUGAAGAAGAUACAUCACCAGUUACAGUUACCAGUUACGAGGACUGUCCAUCAGUCAUGCAGUUUGAUGACUAUGUCCUAAUCUGAUUCAGAGGCCAAACUCCUUGACAUCAUCAUAAGAGCAACUGAAAUCUACUCAAACAAAUUCUUAGUUGAUCUCUCAGUGGAUACUAGUAGAUAAUAAACCAGGCAUAAAAUAAAAACAAGGACUUGUAGGAACUUGUCUGAACAUUUAUCACUUCUUUGCAACUUUUAUAAAGAAUGUCUAUGUGGAUCUUUUGUGCACAAACAUAAUGUUAACAGUAUAGUGCACCAUAUUGUAUAUUUGCUUGUCUUCAUAUCUCUUCUGCAGUAUUUUCACAAGUUGCAUUAAUGUUGAAUAUCACUCGCUUUCACCAGGAGACAAUAGCAAACUAGUUUAGACCACAAAGAUCUGUGGUUGAUGCUUGUGGGCUGUGUAAACAGCGUUCAGGUCAAAGUUCAGACUUCUGGGCAAAGUUUCUAGCAUUUUUGUUGCAGUGGAGAAGGUAAGCACUAAACUCUGUUUGUGGAGACAAUGUUUUUUUUAUAAUGACCCAAUUGAAUGUAAUGUGUAGUGAACCUUUUAAUUUGUGAAAGCAUGGAUGUUUCUGAUGAAGAAGUUAAUGUUUCCACCACAGAUAUGUGGUGUGCUUCCUACAGCACAGAGCCUGUUUAUCCAGAAAUAAGUUAAUGUUGAUGACCUCACUGUAGAUUGCAGUUUUUCAGAUGGUUUUAAAUGUAAUAUGGGUGUGUAUUUACUGAUGUGUCUCUAAUCCUUUCAGUGUCACUGAUGAGAGAUUAAAAACUUAAACUGUUAAACUAACAAUAUUGGCACAAAAA